AUGGAAGCAGUAGCGGCCAAGCCAAUCAUCAAAGUCGUAGCUCUCUACGGAUCAUUUCGCAAAGCUUCCUUCAAUCGAGGCCUCCUCCACUAUAUGUUGUUGAUUGUAGCAAUUAAGCUAUCCAGAGAAUCCAUCAACGGUUUACAGAUCGAAUACAUAGACAUAGCGCCGCUGCCGAUGCUCAACACCGAUCUUGAGAAGGACGGAAGGUUCCUGCCGGCGGUGGUGGAUUUCCGGCAGAAUAUUCUCGAAGCCGACAACAUCCUCUUCGCCUCAUCGGAGUACAAUUACUCUCCGGAGAGGCUGCAACGUGCAAGGACUUGCCCUGCAUUCCGAUCAAUCAGUUCAGGCAAUGCGCCUCGCAAUCGGCUAGCCAAUGAAGGAGGAAGACAAAGGGUUCUCUGCAGUUUCAUCGGAGACGAGAGAGCUUUGCCUUGGUAG